GAUAUAACACAUAAUCUAAUGUAUAUUGAUCCAGUGAAUUAUUUAGAAACUUAUAUUCAUUCCCUUAGUGAUAAUAAUAUUGAUAAAUUUGAAUUGAAUAAAUUACUUCAAGCAUUUAAAUGUCGUAUAGAAGAUUAUCAACGUAGAUAUAAAUCUAAUCAUCUAAAUUCUAUUUUAUCUAAUCAUAAUAAAAUAUGGUUACUAUUAACUGAUCUCAAUUUAUCAAAUAUUCAAUUAAAAUUAAUACCAAAUGAAAAUAUAUUUGGUAAUUUACCAAAUUUAAAACGUUUAUGGUUACAUAAUAAUCAAAUUAAAGAAUUAAAUAAUUGUUUAAUUAAAUGUAAUAAAUUAAUAGAAUUAAGAUUAAAUUCAAAUCAAUUACAUAAUAUCUAUGGACAAUUAUAUAAAUUACAUUGUCUUGAAAUAUUAGAUUUAUCAAAAAAUCAUUUCAAUAAUUUAAUGGAAAUUAACAAAGAAUUAUCAAGAAUGCAUUUUCUACGUGAGCUUAAUUUGCUUGGAAAUCCCGUUGCUCUACAAUCGGAUUUUAAAUCUUUACUACUAAGUUCACAUCCAACAUUGACUGUUUUGAACAAACAUGAAAUUUUAAGAGAUCAAUAUAAGUGGAACACAUCAAAAACCAAUUAUUGUCCGAAGGAUAUUCAGAAACAAUCAAGCAAAAGAAAAAGAAACGUACCUAUCCAAGCAGAAACUCAUGAAAAACUAGUCCAAUCUCCAAUGAAUCCUGACAAAGAAAUUGAAAUAUUUGAAAAAAAUUUGAAAAAAAGAUUUCAAGCCAAAACGAUUACAGAAUUUAAAUGUUUCGAUUGGUCAACGAUACCAAAUAGUGAAAUGAAACGAUUAAAUUCAAGAACUACUGAGCCGAAAAACAUUGUAGUUCAAUCACAAUUGUAAUUCAUGUGAUCAUAUAGAAGGAAAUAACAAAAUCCA